CGAGAGCCGCCUGUGCUAGCCUUUAGCUAGCUGGUAUUGAGAAGGUGAGCUGAAGAGAUUGUUGGAAAUUGUUGCUUCUUUUAAGGGAGUUCACUGUAAUUUUUAACAACCAGGGCACAGGUGAAGGGGUGGAUAUUGUCGCCGAGUACCCGGAUACGCUUGUCAUUUCUCAGAAAACUGCCUGUUGGCUUCAAACUUGCGGCGUGGGAGAAGCAACAACCAGAGUUCAAACUGAAUGGCGGAGGGCUCCUCAGACCCACCUGACCUCAAUCCAGAUGGGGCGACACAUGAAAAGCCACAUCAGCAAAAAUCCAGAAGAGGCCGGCCCAGACACAACAAUGACAGAAACCUGAGUAGUACAAGUUAUGAUCACUCUCAACAACAUGGACACUUUUAUCAGGGCUUUAAUCCCCCAUUUAGCCAUAAUAAUCCAAAUUAUGCAGAGAAUCAGCAUCCUCCCUACCAAGGAGAGGAUGGAGCCAAAAGGCGAGGCAGAGGUAGAGGGAGGAGAGAAGGGAAUAGAAGUGUCAAUGGAAGCGUUGGUGGCUCCAGCUCCUGGUGGCAAAGACCUGGAAAUGACUAUGGCCCACACACUGGAAGCAACAGAGGUGUGGGUGGUCACCACUUAGGUUCACAUCCCAUGGAUGGACCUGAUAGGCCAAACUGGCGAAGAGAAGAUGUAAGUGGAAAUUAUGAACAAACCAAUGAAGACCACAACACCUGGGUGAAAAAACCCAGGAACUUUAGCCAGGAGCAGAGGAGGGGAGAGCAAAACAAGAAGGGCACUCACUUAAAGGAGAACAACUCUUCAGUAGAGCAUCGGAGAUCAAAUGAUGCCAAAGGUGAAACUCACCCUUCAGAAAUCAGAGAGAAAGCUCAGAGGAGCAGGGCAGGUCCAGACUUUCAACAUGAUGAUCAUCAGAGGAAACACUCCGAGGCAAAGCGUCGACAAGGACCAAUCAAACCGCCCAAACCACCAUCUCAAGAGGAGGUGGGCUCAGAGGGGGGAGCCGCUGGCCAGGAUUACUCGGACCACAGCAGAUCAUCUCAGAAUCUAACCAGUAAACCUGGGGGAGGCUCGGGACAACACACACCCCUCCAGGCCAGGGGAGGGAGACGAGCACACCAUCAAAAUCGCAGACAUGGUCAGAGAACCUGGGACAAGAUACCAGAGAGCAAGGAGACACAGACAGGGUGUCUAAUUGAACAGCUUUCUGAAGAGAAGUAUGAGUGCAUGGUGUGCUGUGAUAUCAUCCGGCUCAUGGCCCCGGUGUGGAGCUGCCAGAGCUGCUUCCACGUCUUCCACCUGAACUGCAUCAAGAAAUGGGCUCGAUCCCCGGCCUCUCAGGCAGACGAUUCAGCUGAAGGCUGGCGUUGUCCAGCCUGUCAGAAUGUUGCACUGAAACACCCAACUUCCUACACCUGCUUCUGUGGUAAAGUGACAAACCCGGAGUGGCAGCGCAGUGAGAUCCCCCACAGCUGCGGUGACUUGUGUGGAAAGAAAAGAAGUGGAGUGGGUUGCAACCACCCCUGUAACAUCUUAUGUCACCCUGGACCUUGUCCACAAUGUCCUGCCUUUGUAACAAAAUCCUGCAUAUGUGGGAGGACCAGUCAGCCGAUGCGCUGUGGUCAGGCGACAAUGCUCCAGUGUGACAAAGUGUGUGGUGCUUUACUCAACUGUGCUGAACAUACCUGCACACAGGUGUGCCACAGCGGGGCAUGUCAGCCCUGCCAGCUGCAGGUUCAGCAGGUUUGCUACUGUGGAGUUACAACUCGUGAAGUCCUGUGUGGAACAGAUAAAGAAGGAUUUGAUGGCGUGGGACAUUUCUCCUGUCAAAAAACGUGUGCAAAGAUGUUGGACUGCAAAGCCCACCAGUGUCAGCAGGAGUGCCACCGCGGUCCAUGCCAGCCGUGCCCACGCUCCCCUACCCUGGUGAAGACUUGUCCCUGCAGUCAGACACCACUGGCCAAACUCCUGGAACUGGGUUACUCUGAGCGACAAAGCUGCUCUGAUCCCAUCCCUUCCUGUGGAAAGACGUGCAACAAACCCUUGGCCUGUGGCUCCAGUGACACCAUCCAUCUGUGUGAGAAUCUGUGCCACGAGGGCAGCUGUGGGCCCUGCUCGCUGACCUCUACUAUCCGAUGCAGAUGUGGCUCCAAGACAAAGGAGGUCCCGUGUGCAACAAUCCAGAAAGAAGAUGAGCUCGUCUUCACCUGCGAGAAGCGCUGCAACAAGAAACGCUCCUGUGGCCGACACAAGUGCGGCGAGCUGUGCUGUGUGACUGUGGAGCACAAAUGCCCCCUGAUCUGUGGCUACAAGCUCAACUGUGGCCUUCACCGCUGCCAGGAGCCUUGUCACCGUGGAAACUGUGAACCCUGCUGGCAGUCCAGUUUUGAUGAGCUGACGUGUCACUGUGGGCUCACGGUGCUGUACCCGCCCAUCCCCUGUGGCACCAAGCCACCGGAGUGCAAAAACUUGUGUACCAGAAGACACGAGUGUGACCACCCAGUGUUUCACAACUGCCACAGUGAAGAGAAGUGUCCACCCUGCACAUACCUCACUCAGAAGUGGUGCAUGGGGAAGCACGAGCAACGCAGCAACAUCCCAUGUCAUCUGCAAGACAUUUCCUGCGGCCUGACAUGUAAUAAACCACUGUCAUGUGAAAUGCACCGCUGCAGACGGAUUUGCCACCGGGGCGACUGCUUGGCAGAAGGCGGCUGCCAGCAGCCCUGCGUGCUGCCUCGUCCCGACUGCGGCCACCCAUGCUCUGUCCCCUGUCAUAAAGGCAGCAGCUGCCCACGCACCACCUGCACCGCCAAGGUAGCUCUACAGUGCGAUUGUGGUCGAAGAAAGGAAACGGCCAUCUGCUCAGAAGCAGCCAGUUCAUAUCAGAGGUAUGCAGCCAUCGCCAUGGCCAGUAAACUGUCUGACAUGCAGCUCGGCGACUCCAUGGACAUCGGCCCUCUCCUCACUAAGAAGGAGCUGAAACAAACCAGGCUUGAAUGUGACCAAGAGUGUGCUACUUUGGAGAGAAACAGGCGCUUGGCUGAGGCGUUACAGAUAGACUUGUCUUCCGACCCCUUCAACGUUCGCUCCACCUCUAUCUACAGCGACAGCCUCAAAGAGGACGCCAGAAAAGAUCUGAAGUUUGUCACAGAGGUAGAAGAGGAGAUCAGGAAUCUGGUUGACCUUGUGAAUAAGGGAAAACAGCCAAAGAGGAGCCACUGUUUCCAGCCCAUGAACAGAGAACACCGGAAGAUCAUCCACGAGCUGGCCGAGGUCAACGGCGUGGAGAGCGUGAGCUACGACAACGAGCCCAAACGCAGCGUGGUCAUCACAGCCCACAAGGGGAAGUCGGCCUGUCCAAACUCAACCCUGACAUCACUGAUAGAGAGGGAGAUGAUUGUGAGAGCCCCUCCUCCCAUCGCUCAUAUCAAACAGCACAGUAGCAAGGUUGCCAGUGGAAGCACCUGGUCCAAAAUGGUUAAAGAAGAACCUGUGAUAGAUUAUUUUGAUGUCCAGGACUAAUGUGUGGCCACAAAACAAAAAAAAACAAAACAAGAGGAAGCCUCAGGACUUGCUCAGAAAUUCUACAUCUGCCUAAAAGUCUGAAAAGCCCUUUUUCAUUUGUGUUCAUCAAAGAUCAAUAAGAAUUCAUCUGGCUUCCUGAUCAAAUAAAAUGAUUUGAGAGUAA